ACUACACCGCCUUACGCACCGCACCGUUGCUCAUUCUGGCAGCGUUACAGCAAUACACCACCGCCACUGAUCAGCAGCAGCAGCAGCAGCCAAACCAUCGGGCCCCGGAUACGGCCACCACUGCCUGUAACGGGUCGGCGGGCGAGAACGGACGGGCGGGCUACGUCGAGCAGCAGCAGCCGCCACAGGGAAAGUCACCCAACACCCUUCUGCUACACUGUUGCUGCGUGAUCGUGCAAAUCACACCCGUAGCGCCCGGCCGGAGCCACGUGACAACGACGGCGUCCGCCAAAAAGCCCACCAUAGGUGACGACGGUGGAGGAGGCGCCGGAGGAGGAGGAGGAGGAGCGAGCGGCAGGACGCCCGUCUGUCGCUGCAACGCGCAGUACAAGCUGCAGGACCUGAAGGCGCUUGCCGCCGCCCAGCAGAAGCAGCAAAGGCUGGCCGCCGCCCAGUCCGCCUCCACCAGCGCGAUCAACGCGAUCGGGACGGGGGGAGGAGGAGGAGGGGGAGGAGGAGCGUCCGCGGCGGCCCCACCGCUGCAGGGCAUACUGGCCAAAUCGUCCACCACCACGUCGGGCCAUCACGCGCACCGGGCGCACCAGCCGCUGCAGCAGCAGCACUCCUCCCAAUCGCUCGCCUACUCGACGGGCGGCGCCGGCCCGCCCCAGCCGCCGCCCCGCCAAAGCCAGGAGCUGAGCAACGAGGAGCUGAUCAAGUUCCUGCAGCAGAUCAACGCCGACAUCAAGUGGAUCGAGCAGCUGCAGCAGUACAAGUACGAGAUCGAAAAGUCCACCUCGACCGACAAGACGAACGCGCGCAACAUUAACAAACCGACCGGGCAGCAGCAGCAGCAGCAGCACCAGCAAUCGGUCCCACCCCUUGCCAAUGGGCACCUGGGGAAGCCGAAAUCGGAACCACUGCUGCCGACGGUGGCCGCACCCGCCCCCAGCACCGGCGCCAUCUCGAAGACGGAGUUUUUCGACCGCAACCUAAAGCAGCGCCAUUCGUCCCGCUCGGUCGACGCCAGCACGGCGCGCCGCGAUGAGGAAGCGCACGGGAAGGAGGGUGGCCAUCAGCGGCACUCGUCCGGCCCGAGCGAUCUGCAGCUGCUCAAGUCGGACAUCUCGGAGUGGCUGCUCAAUCUGCCGCUGAAGAAGAGCGUCGAGAUACUGCAGAAGGCGAAGAGCGCCCAGCUGCAGUACGAGAAGGAGCAGGAGCUGCAGCUGCAGCUGCAGCAGCUGGCGGCGAAGAAGCCGCUGCAGCGGCAAACGUCCUCCGGCACGGCCGAGCGGGGUGGGACGGGGCAGCAGCCGGGGGAGAUUGCGCUCACCCGGGACGACAUACUGGAGUGGCUUAAGAAGCAGCAGAUCUUCAGCAAGGUGAACGAGGAAACGGGCGCCACGAAGAAGUGCAAGGACAAGGAGGAGCUUACGCUGCACCACUACGACCCAUCGAGAGCGCCGCGCGGACCGGCGCCGUCCUCCGCCAGCACGGCCAAACUGUUGAAGCGCCACUCGCUCGGCCCGAACGAAGACUUUUUCCAGAAGCAGCCGACGACGACCGACUGGAUCCAGUAUCCGCUGCGGCAGCUGAAAAAGCACACGUUCGAUCCGGCCACCCAGUCGAGCUGCACGGAUGUGCGACGGAAGGAGGUACGGGGCGAGCACGGGCACAGCCAUCGGGAGCGCAAGCUGCGCCACUCGGCCAGCGAAGUCGUCACCUCGUCCCAAUCGGACCUGCCGGUUCACUCGCAGUCCCAGACGCGUAUUGCACCGGCCAAGCCCGAGCGCACGUUCCGCUACCAUUCGCGCGAGCGAGCGCCUUCCGCCCACUCGGCCGCCCCUACACACCGGCAACACUCGAUGCCGCAGAUACCGCUUCACCAGCAGCAGCAGCAGCAACAACCGUUACACUUCCAGUACCCGCCGGCACUGCAGCCGCAACCGUCGACAUCGACCUUCGUGCCUCCGGCGGCCGGCCACCGGUCGGCGAAGAAGGAGCGGUCCCGGCGGCACCGGACCCAGCGGUCCGCCACCGUCGGCGACAUCAACCAGUUCAACAAGCCGUCCGCCCAGCCCCCGGUGGGCGGCUACCUCCACCACCCGAAGGCGGGCCCGCAUGCCCGUGCCACCGCCGCCGCCGAACGAAGUGCCUCGUUGACGCGCUGUGCCGAUCCGAGCUGCUCGGUGAUGUCACUGUGUGACGAUCCGACCUGCUACCUGUUCGGGUCCGGGGAGGACGGCGCGCUGGCCCCAGUGGUCGGCACCGCCAACGCCACCACCAGCUACUACGAUACGCCCCGGUGUGCCUCGUUGCCGCGCGUACUGCCCAAGAGCGCACCCAAGUGCGGGCCGCUCUGCUACGAGUGCAACAACAAGUGCAACUCGCUGCCCCGCUGCACCGACGCCCGGUGCCAGAUGGGGGGUGGUGGUGGUGGUGGCGGUGGAGGUCUCCCCACCACCAAGGCGAAAAGCAACUCACUGCCACGGAAUGCCGCGGUACACCACUACCCUGCAGCUGCUGCUAUGUACCCGGCUGUGCCGCAGCAUCAAGCGCCGGCGGCGCCACCACCCUGCCAGCCAGCCCUGCGCGGGGCCGGCCGGUUGUCGCGCGAGGAAAGCCGCUGCUCACUGCCCCGCUCGUCCUUCAAGUCGUCGAAGAAGCGGUCCGCGUCCGCGUCCGGGUCCGGCUCGAACGGCUCCAAGCUGACCAAAUCGCUGUCGGCUGCGUCGCUGAAUUCGCGCCGCCGCCGCCACAAAACCGUACACUUCGGGGAGAAUCUGCUACGCGAGGUGUGCCAAAACCGGAAGCUGAUACAGCCGCUGCAGGAAACGCCGUCCGGGUCGGCCCCGCUCCAGCCGAACAUACAGAUGCUGUACAACUUCGUCGAGGGCGUGCUCAGUGCGUGGGUCGACGAUGAGGACGAUCCGAACAAGUCGGGGCCGGAGUCGGAGCCGGAGCGCGGGGCCGUGCUGAAACCGAUGCACCGCUGCAACCGGGCCCGGUUCCAGACGAUACGGCGCGUGGUGAACGAGGCGGCCGAGCUGAAGGGUUCGUCCAGGCUGGGCAACUCGCGGUACCGGCAUCGGCACUGGCGCGGCACGGCCAAGGACUGCAACGAGCGGUUUCUGCGCAAGAUAUCGGACGAUGAUCGCAUGAGCCUUACGACAGCCGUUUCGGAUGAGGACGACGGAGAAAGCGUGAUGGCCUCACCGUACAAAGCGAAGGCGACCGGUACGGCGGCCGCCUCCUUCAACUGUACUGGCGCUGUGCGAAAGGCGGGCUUCCUGUCGGUGAAGAAGUGGCUGCUGCGCAAGAAGCACCAGAUCGAGCUGGCCCGCAAGCGCGGCUGGAAGGGCUACUGGGUGUGCCUGAAGGGUACGACCCUGCUGUUCUAUCCGUGCGAUUCGCGCGAGGGCCGCUCGGUCGAGGCCGCCCCGAAGCAUCUGAUCAUCGUCGACGGUGCGAUCAUGCAGCCGAUACCGGAGCAUCCGAAGCGGGACUACAUCUUCUGCCUCAGCACGGCCUUCGGCGACGCGUACCUGUUCCAGGCGCCCUGCCAGGUCGAGCUGGAGAACUGGGUCAACAGUAUACACAGUGCCUGCGCGGCCGCGUUCGCUCGACACCGCGGCAAGACGGGUACGCUGCAUCUGCUCCAGGAGGAGAUCUUCCGCCUCGAAAAAGCAAUAGAAUCGGAUCACAAGCUGAAGCACAUGGCGGACCUGCAGCAGAGCGUCGUCACCGAUGCGGACACGCGCCACCAGAUCCAGCAGCAGAUACUGCAGUGGGAGGAAAACCUCGAGCGGCUGCACUGCGAACAGUUCCGCCUGCGCUGCUACAUGGCGUCGCUCCAGAACGGCGAGCUGCCGAACCCGAAGUCACUGCUGACGCACGUGUCGCGCCCCACCAAGAACACGCUCAACAAGCUCGGCGUCUUUACGGUGUCGUCGUUCCACGCAUUCAUCUGCGCCCGGUCGCCCUCGCUGCUAAACAACCUGCUGGCGGGCCGGGGUGCGACCAAGCGGCGCCCCCCGAUCCUGUCGCGCUCGAACAGCGGCUCCAGCCGGCGCUCGAUGCAGAUCAACUCGCGCGACGAGCCGGAAAAGAGCUACAAGGUGGCGCUGCCGGAGAACACCUUCGCCACGGUAUACCUGCGCGAGGGCAUGUCGGUGGAGGAGUUCCUCGCGAGCGCCUGCAGCCGCAAGAACCUGAACCCGAUGGAGCACUUCGUGCGGGUGAAGAAGCGCCGGGAUAUGGAAGAUCACAACUACUUUGUUCCUCACAGAAACGAUUUGAUUGAAACAUAUCUACACACCCAUGAGGUAGUGGAAGUGUGCGCGAAAAUUUUAUAUCAAGUAGAACUACAACGAACAACGCUCGAGCAGAUGUGGGGCUUCUCGGUGGAGGCGGAGCUGAUCGAAAAUGCGGACCGGCAGGACGAGCUCUGCUGCUACGUGAGCCGCGUCGAGGACAAGAGUGUUGCCAUGCAGAACGGUGUCAUUAAAGGUGAUGAAAUAAUUGUGAUAAACGGUGCAAUCGUUUCCGACCUGGACAUGAUGUACUUGGAAAGUGUGCUUCAGGAAGAACAAGCCUUAUGCAUGAUGAUGAGAUCUUCCCGCACGGAACCACCGGAUCUCGUCGGCAUCAUGCGCUCGACCGACGACAUCAUCGAGUCGCUGGUGUGUCCACCGCCACCAUCGGAUCCACCCGUCAUUAGCGAGGAGAUGAUAUCAGGCCUAAUCGUUCCCGCACCCGGCUGGCGACGUUCGUGUAUUGCAGGCAAGGAGGUGUACUCGCCGGAGGUCGAAAGCUCACCCGCACCUUCGUCGAACGAUCCGCACCUGCUGUCGAUGGACCGUUCCAAGCCGUCGUCGCGCACCAGCAGCUUCGAGAUCGAGAAUCUGCUCAAGUCGGCCGAACAGGUGACCGGGUUCUGUCGCUCGCCGCAGGAGACGCGCAAAUCCAGCCCCACCGGUUCGGUGGCAUCGUCCGUGUCGAACGUCAUGCUCACACCGUCGCGCCAGCUGACCGAUGCGGAGAAGCUGCGCAAGGUCAUCCUCGAGCUGGUGGACACGGAGAAAUCGUACGUUAAGCAUCUGAACAAUCUGCUCGAGUACUAUCUGGAGCCGCUGAAGCGCGAAACAUUCCUGUCAAAUGCCGAGAUUACGGCACUGUUCGGCAACAUUCAAGAGAUCGUCACAUUCCAGCGCCAGUUCCUGAACAAUCUCGAGGAAGCGCUGGAUCUCGAGCCCGACUUCCAUCAGCUGGAGCAUCCGAGCCAGUUUAAGAACGUACUGUUUGCCAUUGGAUCCGCAUUUUUGUACUACGUCAACCACUUCAAGCUGUACUCGUCCUUCUGUGCCAGCCACAGCAAGGCCCAGAAAGUGCUGCAUCCAAAUGAAGGCAAUCAGGCACUGCAGGAGUUCCUGGCCGCUAGAAAUCCCAAACAGCAGCACAGCAGCACCCUCGAGUCGUUCCUGAUCAAACCGAUACAGCGCAUCCUGAAGUAUCCGCUGCUGCUGCAGCAGCUGCGCAACCUGACCGAUCCGAACGCGGCCGAGCAUCUGCACCUGGUCGAGGCACUGAAGGGCAUGGAGAAGGUGGCCGAGCACAUCAACGAGAUGCAGCGCAUCCACGAGGAGUACGGUGCCAUCUUUGACCAUCUGUUCCGGCAGCACCAGAAGUCCUGCAAGCAGCCGAUCGAUCUCAGCCCUGGUAGCGAUCUGCUCUACUACGGUGGCGUCGAGUGGCUCAACAUCAGCGACUUUCUCGGCAAGAUCAAGAAGGGGCUGGAGCUGCACGCGAUGUGCUUCGUCUUCAAGUCGGCGGUCGUCUUCCUGUGCAAGGAGCGCUUGCGGCAGAAGAAAAAGCUCAUGGGCGUCUCGAGCAAGAACGCCACGAACGAGGUGGAGAUCAUCCGCUACCAGGUGCUGAUACCGGUCACCGAGGUACAGGUAAGGGCUUCCUCCGCCAAGGACAUGGAUUCGCACUUCCUCUGGGAGCUGAUACACCUCCGGUCCCAGCUGCAGCGCCGUUCCGAGAAAGUCUACGUACUGUCGAACAGCACCGCCGAGUUCCGUAACGCGUUCCUCAAGACGAUCCGGCAGAUUAUAAGGGAAAGCGUCCGCAACAUGUCGAUACCGUCGCUGAAGAGUAUGGGCGGCAGCACCAACUCGAUGACGGGCGUCGGCAACUCUUCUUCCGGCAAUUCGCAAACCCUCGAGCGACCAAAGCAGCAGCCCCAGAUCAUGCAAGGUUCGCAGACGCUCGGCAAGCCGAAGAAAUCCAAGAUCAAUCAGCGCCACUCGUCCGGAAACAUCGACUACGAUAACACGACCUCGGGCAGCCAGGAGGCGGACGACCCGCCGGUACCGCAGUACAGUGGACAGUUCCGCAUGCGCAGCAAGACGGUGGGCGAUGUUGGAGAGCAAGUGGCCGCCUGCCGACGAAACAUGAACGAGCGUGAGCAGGAAAAACCGGACCCCGGUACCAAAUCGGAGGGCGAGGACGAUUCCCAGCAGGGCACGGUGAAGCCGAAAUCUUCCCUGGGCAAAACACCGAACCAUCUGACGCUGAGCACCACCUCGACGCUGUCCGUGGGCAGCACCGGCAGCCAGGCGCGCCUGAUACAGUCGUCCCAUCCGCCGGCCACCUACCAUCCGGUGCUGAUGAAGGAUCUAGGAUCCCCGGUGUGGAAGCCUAGAGACAUGAUUAGUUUAAGUGACGCCCCGUCGACAUCACGUAAAGAUGAAAGUAAAUAAGCUCGUUUUCUCGUUACACUCAUCCUCGAUCUUUUUGAAGCAAAAGAGCAGAAGGGAGGAAGUUACAAAAAAAAGUACAUACACACGCCACACACACACACGCAAACGCAAAAACCAAACCAAAAUCCCCAAAUUACCGAUACCUCCCGUGACCCGAAACUCAUUGGAAUCACAUCCCGUUCACAAGGCUUUUGGGGCGGUUGGUAGUUGGGUGGGCUAAAAGACGGCGAGACGAAUACUAAUACUCAUGUUCCCGUAGCGGCACACAGCAACGAAGCAGCUCAUGCAUCCGUGCGGGAAUGGUAGAGGGAGAGCGAUAAAGAGGAAGUAAAUAUAGGUGUCCCACAAUAUGAAGGCAAAUAAUUGUAAUGGAAUCGGCACACCGGCCGGUUAGAGCAGUUGAUUCGAGAAAAUAGCGCAAUAGCUGUAAAAGGGGCUAGGGCGUAGAGGAUGAAACCAACAGAGCGGAAGGUAUUACCAUGUGUCUAGCGCGCUGUGUGCACGUAGCCAAUUUUCACGUUCAAGAACACACUCACGUACAAAUGCACUCGUGUGUCGCAAAGGGCAGGAUGCAGUAACUCGUAGACCAUUAGGGUUGAAUGGUUAUGGGCAUUACAGGUUGACCUCGUGCCCUGGAAUGGGCAGCAAACAACGAGGCAAGCAGCUUGUCUUUGUGUUCCCGAUUCGGAAGUAUCUGGCGGAAGCUGCGGCGACGAGAAGCCCAUGGUGUCGUCCCGAGAUGCUCAUUUUUCCUCCCUCUCCAGUGAACGGUAUCUCUUAUAGAUAUGACCGUUUUCAUCGUAAUCGAAAUCAUUUAUACCCUGCCAUAUUAGACAGAUAAAGACACACACACACACAUCAGCACGUGUGAUUGUAUCCUAAAUGGCACAGGAUCGACUUGCACAGGCUGACACCCUGACCUAAGCCGCUACUACCCACAUGGCUACAGGUGUAGGAGGCAAUAUUUCUCUUGAAACAGAACAGGAAAGCUGCAAGGAAAGCUCCGAUGAGAGAGUAAUUAAUGAAAGCGUGACACAAUGUCGGCAGCCAUUUGUUUGUUGAUCACACGUAAGUAAACCGAUAUAUAGUGAGAGCGAGAAGGUUCAGCAGCAGUAGAAACGGGAGUAAAGUUUAAACGAAACCAACCAACAACAACAAAAAAGAGAAACACAUCCCGUAAAAGCAUGUUUGUAUUAGCGAUAAAGGAAACGAUAAUGAUCAACACGUUGAUCGUAGAUACAUAGUGAAUGAGAAUUAUCUUGCAAAUUGCGAUAGAAAAGUAUUACUGUUUUCAUUAACUCACGGCACGGACGACCGCAACGACCGGAGACAAGGAAGGAAGGAAACGGGCUGAAACAAGCCGAACGAAACCAUUUAACACUGGACGGGAAAAGACGUAAAGAAGCAUACAUAAACGCGAUCGAUCGCGAUGAGCUUUUCUCGGAAAGCUAGACCUAGACCUACGGACGGACGAGCAACACACGGCGAAAAGUUAAUGGGUAUAGUAAGGGAAGACAUCUUUUCGUGCGACCGACAGACACUCAUAAUGGCGCAGACACAUGCAGUUGAUAGUGCAUGUGCUGCGCCGGGCGCGAUCUUACAAGAGGCGGAAGAGAGAACGGAGAGACGGAGGGUAAAGAUGUUUAGAGUUUGUUUUACAUUUUUGAUCAUUUUUAAUCCUACAAAACUAAUAGAAUUUAAAUAUUAAAUCUAUAUAAUCGAGUGAAAGAAGAUCGACUUUGACAUCGCGUAUUGAGAAGCUAGUACAGGCGGAAAGGUGGCUAGCAACGAAGGAAGAGCAAGAAAAGGGAGGCAAAGUAGUAACUAAGCGAAAGAAGGACACCCCCUCCCACUAUUUGCACACUCUUUCUUCCUUCUGCAGAAAAUUGCGUACUCAUCAUCCCCCUGUUCCCUCCCCACUAGUAGGAAGUAAAGCAAAUCAAUCAAUCUUAAAAGCAACACUUAUACUAAAUGCUCCGUUUCGUGUACGUGAGACAAACCCCAGUAGCGAGAUGUGUUUUACCCUAGCGUGUGUGUUUACAUUUUCCGUUUUCCUGGAUCGGAAUCGCAAACGAGCAGCGGGAUCCUACCUCCAUCAGUUCGGAUGGACCGUCAGCCCUUCUGCCCCACCCGUCGUUUCAGUACAGCUGCUCGGUUUUAUCUGCCGAUCUGCAUCGGUCGAUCGGUCAGAGACACUUACACUAACGAACUGAUCGUACUAUACCUUAAAAAUAGAAGUCAAAAAAAGGAAAUAAAACUAAAGAGAAAGAUAAAACCAAACAGCAGCUCAUGGCACGGUCACUAACGAUGCGAGAUCGUGUGAGCGACACUCGGAGCAGAGCAGUGAAGACGUAGCGCGUAUGAGUGGGCAUAAAAAGGAUAUAAAAGCCUUGUGCACUCAUACAAUACACUCAGACACUCAUACAUGCAUUAAAAAAAAAACAACAACCUACAUUUACGAUGGAAAAGGGAAUUGAAUUUUAUAACAAACAAAAAGAAAUAAAAAAAGUAAGCCAAAUUAACAGAUAGCAAAGAAUUAUAUACACUCACACAGACAGACAGAACACAUACACUUGAUACAAGUGAACUAGGAAGCCAGCUCGUACGAAAUUCAAAACGGCCAGCAGAUCGAUCCGAUGCGCAAAGCAAAAACAAACACUCAAUUAACCAUUGCACAAUAAAAUAAAGAGCAAAAAACGGCAACAAGCAACAACACAAUACAAAACAAUAUAACAAGGCAAAUCUAUACAAAAUUACUAAAACACUAUUAAAACUACUAAAUACUAAUGAUUAUUAUGAUUACCACACACAAGCCCAAAAUCACGAAAGCGCGUCACACACACAUGAACACGCAGAGAGAGAGAGAGGGAGGAAAAAACACACACUCACACACUCAAAGUGUAGAAGCAAACACGGUAACAAAACAAACACGCUGAUAAAUAGCGCGAUGCAAUUUGGCUACUUUGAUUUAAAAUUAUGCAAUGUAUCAAUUUUACUUGUUAACGUCUGAAUUCUUUUAGCUAUUCUUUGAUUUCUAUUCCUUUUCUUCUCAUAUUUUCUUUACUUUGCUUCAUAAUGUAAACUUUAAUGUUUAUUUAAUGUUUUUAAAAUUAAAAACUACUACUUUCCUUUGUCUGUCUCUCCUGCUUUAAAAAGAAAGUAUGUUUUAUUCCUUUUUAUUGCACCACAAGUAAUCGAAUAAUGCAAAUAAAAAAAAAGAUACAAAACACAAACAAAAACACACUCUACAAUUAAGAUAUUUGCAAAACUACACAUACUUAGAACAAUGCAACACAAAACGUUGACAGUUUAUAGAAAUAUAUUAGUUAAAUAAACAGGAGAAGCCAGACCAGGCAGUCAGUGCAGACGGAAAAAAACCCCCAAAUAUGCAAGCUACCCAGCAAACAGUCGGUUCGUUGUUGUGCAUUCCAAGCAAGUAUGCCAGAUAUCCGCACUACUUGGCAUUAGGAUUUUAAUACUACACCACACCCACACGACGUUUCGUAUCGAUCAUCAUCUGUAUCUGCGCGAGAAAGAUAGAGAGAGCAAAAGGCACGAAGCGUUGAAGCAGCACAUCGGCAAUCGAUUAGGUUUGUUGUUCAAGGUGUGUUCAUUUUGAUAGAGUUUGUAUUGAUUGUGUUGGGAGCCUUAUAACGAGAGAAUGGUCGAUCAAACACACACAGCGAUCCAAGGACUGCCUCACGGCAGCUUAGUGAGCACCCAGGGGCAGAGAAAAUCAUUGAACUGGAGCGAAGUAAAUAAGCACUUUCACGUUCUAUUCCAAAGCAGAAACGAGUGCGAGCUGCCAAUUUAUUCUUUUCUAUCGUCUGUAUCGGUUAUCUCCUACUCAUUACUACACACACACACACA